CCUUUCCACUUCCACUGUCACAGAGUAGAGCUAAACCCCCUUUCUUCUCCGGCGCUCUCUCUCUCUCUCUCUCUCUCUCUCUCUCCUCCCUUUCUCUCUCUCUCUACUCAUACGCACACACAGCAAACAUGCCCCUCGUUUUCCUCUCUCUGCCACCGUUCCCUCCGCCGCCGCCUCUCUCCUUCUACUCAAAGCUCAAACCCACUUCCACCACCGCCUCAUUCACCCUCCACCUCAAACCACAACCGCUCUCCUCUUCGACCGCCGUCUCCGCCAUCGGCCCCGACGGAAAAUACUACCCAAACCCUUCCGACGACGACCCACCGGAAGCCCCCGAAGACUCCAUGCACGGCGUCAACAAGUUCGAGCAGAUCCAACGCCAGGCCGCCCGCGCGCGCAAGCUCCAGGAGGAAGAGUACGAGAAAGACCUCCCCGUAUUCCUCAAAGCCCUCGAGGAAACCGAGGAUUCCCCCGCCUCCGUCAACGGCGACGACUCCGGCGACGACCUAUUCGGUGAAAUCGACAUCGCCAUCGCCAUGAAACGCCAGGAAUUCAUCAAGAAGGGGUUGAUUAAGCCCCGCCCGGUUAAAAUUCCCGACCUGGAAGCCGAAAUUGCCGAUGAAUUGGAGCCCGACGAGGUCGUUGAUUUGGACGAAAUCACCGAGCUUCAAGGGCUGGCCGAUAUCUCCGACGACGACGAGGGCGAAGAUGGAAUUGGGAUGAAGCCCGAUUUCGAGAUGGGCGAAGGCGAAUUCUCGAACUCGUUCGACCUCGAUUUGGAUGAAUUUGGCAAAACCAAGGCUAGAAUUGUCGAGCCGAAGUUCAAAAUGACAUUAGCCGAGCUUUUAGACGAAAGCAAAGUGGUUCCGAUUUCUGUUUACGGCAACUUAAAUAUCGAAAUCAAGGGUAUUUCCCACGAUUCUCGUCUCGUAGAGAGCGGCGAUUUGUUCGUAUGUUGCGUGGGGAUAAAAACCGACGGGCAUUUGUAUUUAUCCGAGGCGGAUAAGAGAGGUGCGGUUGCAGUUAUCGCCAGUAAAGAAAUCGACAUAGACGACACGUUAGGAUGUAAAGCGUUGGUCAUCGUAGAGGACACAAGCGUAAUUCUUGCUGCGUUAGCGUCUUCGUUCUUUAAGCAUCCUUCUAGAAGCUUGUCCGUGAUCGGUAUAACGGGCACAAACGGAAAGACAACAACCUCGUACUUGAUCAAAGGCAUGUACGAGGCAAUGGGGCUGCGAACGGGUAUGUUGAGCACUGUUGCUUAUUACAUUCACGGCGACAACAAAUUGGAAUCGACCAAAACGACCCCUGAUGCAGUUUUGGUUCAGAAAUUGAUGGCGAAAAUGGUGCACAACGGUACGGAAGCACUUGUUAUGGAAGCUUCUUCACAUGGCUUAGCUUUAGGAAGGUGCGACGAGAUCGAUUUUGAUAUAGCGGUUUUCACAAACUUAACAAGGGAUCAUUUGGAUUUUCACGGGACCCACGAGGAGUACAGGGAAGCAAAGGCGAAGCUUUUCUCGAAGAUGGUGGACCCGGAAAGGCACCGUAAAAUCGUGAAUAUAGACGAUCCGAACGCGCCCUUCUUUAUUUCGAAAGGGAAUCCGGACGUGCCUGUGGUGACGUUCGCGAUGGAGAACAAGAAUGCUGAUGUUUACCCUCUGAAAGUGGAGCUGUCCCUCUUCGAGACGCAGGUUCUGGUGAAUACGCCGGAGGGUAUUUUGGAGAUUUCGUCGGGGCUGCUAGGGCGGCACAACGUGUGUAACAUUCUUGCGGCGGUUGCUGUGGGAAUUGCGGUGGGUGCGCCUUUGGAGGAUAUUGUGAGAGGGAUCGAGGAAGUCGAUGCAGUGCCAGGGAGGUGUGAGUUGAUCGACGAAGAGCAGGCGUUUGGAGUUAUUGUGGACUAUGCGCAUACGCCCGAUGCUUUGUCGAGGCUUCUUGAUUUUGUCAGAGAGCUUUCGCCUAGGAGGAUUAUUACUGUGGUUGGUUGUGGCGGAGAGAAGGAUAGAGGGAAGAGGCCGAUGAUGGCAAAAAUAGCAACAGAGAAAAGUGACGUCACUAUCUUAACAUCAGACAAUCCAAACAACGAAGAUCCGUUGGACAUAUUGGACGACAUGCUGUCUGGAAUAGGAUGGACAAUGCAAGAUUACUUAAAACACGGAGAAAAUGAUUAUUACCCGCCUCUUGCUAACGGUAAUAGGCUGUUUUUGCACGAUAUUCGGCGCGUAGCCGUACGGUGUGCUGUCGCCAUGGGCGAAGAAGGCGAUAUGGUUGUGGUAGCUGGUAAAGGGCACGAAACAUAUCAAAUAGAAGGCGGGAAAAAGGAGUUCUUUGACGAUAGAGAGGAAUGCAGAGAAGCACUGCAGUAUGUAGAUGAACUACAUCAAGCUGGAAUAGAUACAAGUGAAUUUCCAUGGAGGUUGCCCGAGAGUCAUUAGUACGGCAAAAUAAUCGAGAUUAGUUGAAGGUAGGGGAAGGGCAUUUUCGUCAGAUUAGUGCAUUGUACUUCAUGUGAGGAAACUAUCUGACAAUCGAGAAGUCCGAGCAUUUCGGGAGUUCAUCGUUUUAAGACUGAGAGAAGUUCAACAAUUAUUGGAAGGAAGUUUUUUAAUAUUUAAUAUUUAAUGCAAAUGAAGUGGAAUUAAAUGAGUUAGUGUAGCCAGAAAUGUAUUUAUUUUCUCAAGAAUCAUUAGAUUUUUUGGUCUUAAUGAGGAAUAAUGUAAAGAAAAAUUUAAAAUAUUUGCAUUUUAAUGGGUAUAUACACCACUUUGAUUUUGCAA